UACCCAAUCAGAAAGAAAAGAUCUUUGAGUAUGGCUAGACGGAUGUAAACACGUGUGUCGGGUGCUUGUGGUAACUCGUCUACCGAGUACAACGAAUAUUAAUUGCUUGUAUACACUCUGAGUCGUCGGGAGAAGAAAACUUUUAGGAUAACUGCGUCAUGAAGACAAUAUGAGAGAGAGCCUGGCCGGCGAGCAGCAGCAGCAGCAGCAGCAGGAGCCGCCGCCGUCGCCGCCGUCGCCGCCGCCGCCUGAUCGAUCAGACCAGCAGCAACACGGAGGCCUAGUCUGGGAUCUGGCUGCAGGGAAAAAGACAAUGAUCCCCCGGGAAGCCACUACAGAUCUGCCCAAGGUUCAGCCAUCAAUGACGCUACACGGGACUUUGCGUCAGGAUCUCUUGGUUGAUCACACCAUGUAGAGCACUCACUGAUGCUAUCUGGGUGUGCUUGGCUCCAGGCCCUGUCUGUGUUUGACCACCAUGCGGGAAAAAUUCAUUCCUCUUUCAGUAGAGGCACGUCUCACCCGCUGAUAUUGUUCUCCGUACUGAUAAACCCCUUAAUGAUCACAGAGCGAGGUGUGUUUAUCCCCAAGGUGAAGAAACCGUAGUUAGUAGCUCACUGUGGUUCACACAGAGCUGCCGUACUCCAUGUGGAAAACAGACUUGGCAGUCCACACGGAGGCUAUGUGCUGAGAGCUAUACACUUCCACCUAGCCUUAAAGACUAUUGUUUAUAGUGUAUGAGACGAGGAAUGAAGAGCAGAAGUCUCUCUCUCUCUCUCUCUCUCUCUCUCGCACUACCUCAACCUCCAGCGAGGCCGCCUCCUUCAGCACCGGCUCAGAGAUAGCCUUGAAGCUGGCUUCUCACGAAGACCAUCGACCUUCAGUCAGGUCGGUCUGCCUGGAGGGUUUUCUGGGGGUCAACGCUCCCGCGGCCAGGUCCGUGACCAGGCCGAGUCUCUUCCUUCACACCUCAGUAGAGGGUGAACGCCUUCUGGGGCGUUGUAUAUAUAUCCGACGUAGUUUGUAUCAUAGAAACCUGACGUCUGAUGCACCUGUUACAGGAAUCUUGCGUCUGUUUUAUGUAUAACAGGAAUAUGACGUCUGAUGCAAAUAUAUUAGAAAUCCAACGUCUGUUUUAUGAAUUAUAGGUGGCGUCUGCUAUAUGUAUCAUUGGAAUCUGACGUCUGAUUUAUGUUUGACUGGAAUCUGACAUCUAUUGUAUCAUAGAAAUCCGACGUCUAUUGCAUGUAUCCUUUCAAUAUGAUGGCUGCAGUAUGUAUUGAAAGUUAAGACACAUGUGCAACAUCUGGGUAUCUUUACUGUAGACGUUUCGUCAUCCAGUGGCUUUAUCAAUACAAAUUCUCGAACAUAACUAGAAGACAGUAGAACUAUAUACAAAAGAUGAGGUAAUCAGUCCCUCAGCCUUGGAGUUGGUGUGAAGAGCACCGUAGCUGUAGAGAUUAUGGAUCACAGACGAGGAGGCUGGCGCUUAUAUAGGCGUCAGUGCAUAGGGACGUAUAGCAGACAAGGGCAUAGUCACUGGUAGGCGGGAUUCCCCAGUGGAAGUACAUGUAAGUCAUACCCAAAGGGAUGGGAAGAAGGUCUUGUAGAUGUCCUCUGAACCAAGAUUCCAUGAUGUUGCAGUGUCUGACAAAUUGUGCAAGAAAGGUAUACUUUACCGAGAAGAUGUAUUGCUGGACUCUGACCUCUGCUAUAUGCAUCCCUGGAAUCAGACUUCUGAUGUAUGGGUGACAGGGACCUAACUGGUGCUUGUUUGCUAUGAAAAGUAUCGUAUACUGGUAAGGACAGGACAGGCAGAGCCUUGGAGACAAACAGGUAGAAUCUUGCG